AUGGCUCUAACGCGGCCUCCGCGGCUCUCGCUGCUUGCGGCUCAGUGGUUUCUGGCGCCCCGACGGAACCUGACGACGGCUAGCGGUCCCGACGAGCCCCUGCCCGUGGUGCGCAUCCCGCGAGCUCUCCAGCGGCUGCAGGAGCAGCGGAAGGGCUCGCGGCGGAGCUCCACGCGACCGGCGCUGGUGCGCCCCGGCCGGCUGCUGAUCUCGGCGCGGCGGCCGGAGUUUAACCAGCCGGCGCGCCUCACGCUGGGUCGUUGGGAGACGGCGCCCCUCGCCUCGCGGGGCUGGAAGCACCGGCGCUCCCGCUCGGAUCACUUCUCCAUCGAGCGCGCGCAACACGAGACGCCAGCCUUGCGGAACCGCUUGUCGUGCGAGGACAGCUUCGCGGACCUGGGUCUGCUGCCGCGGGUACUGCAGGCGCUGCAGGAGGUGGCCCCCGAAGUCGUUCGGCCCACCACGGUGCAGUCGAGCGCCAUCCCCCCGAUACUGAGAGGCCGCCACAUCCUCUGCGCAGCGGAAACAGGCAGUGGCAAGACUCUCAGUUAUCUGCUGCCUCUCUUUCAACAGCUCUUGGGCCGACCACGCCUGGACUCCGGCAGUGUCCCUGCUCCCCGAGGUCUGGUCCUGGUGCCUUCGCGAGAAUUAGCCCAGCAGGUGCAGGCUGUGGCCCUGCCCCUAGGCAGGUCCUUGGGACUCCAGGUGCAGGAGUUAGAGGGAGGCCGUGGCAUGAGUAGGGUCACGAAGCAACUGUCUAGGCAGCCUCCGGCUGAUAUGCUAGUAGCCACUCCGGGGGCUUUGUGGAAGGCUCUGAAACGUAAACUGAUCAACCUAGACCGGCUGUCCUUCUUGGUAUUGGAUGAGGCAGAUACCCUAUUGGAUGAAAGUUUCCUGGAACUCGUGGAGUACAUCUUGGGGAGGAGCAAUAUAGCAGAAGGCUCAGAUGACUUAAAAGACCCCUUCAAUCCCAAAGCUCAGUUGGUGCUGGUAGGGGCUACAUUUCCCAAAAGUGCAGGUCAGCUGCUGAGUAAAAUCUCUGACUCGGACUCUCUAACCACCAUCACCAGCCCCAAGCUCCAUUGCAUCAUGCCUCAUGUCAAACAGAUGUUUAUGAGACUGAAGGGAGCAGAGAAGGUCCCUGAGCUGGUGCAGAUCCUCAAGAAGCACGACAGAGCAGAUAAGACUGGCUCCUCGGGAACUGUGUUGGUGUUCUGUAACAGCUCCAGCACUGUGAACUGGCUGGGAUACAUUCUGGAUGACCACAAAAUCCAGCACCUAAGACUGCAGGGACAAAUGCCGGCCGCCAUGAGGACAGGUAUCUUCAGGAGCUUCCAGAAGGGCUUCCGAGACAUACUUCUCUGCACAGACAUAGCCUCCCGGGGCCUGGACAGUACCCAGGUGGAGCUGGUUGUCAAUUACGAUUUCCCCCCCACCCUGCAAGACUACAUCCACAGAGCGGGAAGGGUGGGCCGAGUAGGGAGUGAGGUGCCAGGCACCGUCAUCAGCUUUGUUACCCACCCCUGGGAUGUGAGCCUCGUUCAGAAGAUUGAGCUGGCAGCUCGCCGGAAGAGAAGCCUUCCAGGACUAGGGUCCCUACUUGACAUGAAUGCAGAGUCCUAG